AUGGUACUUUCACCCGAAGACACCGAAACCAUUGACCUACACCUAGAUCCGACCCCCUCAAACCAACCGGGUGCAGACUUGGUGGUCCAACUGACAAAACCAUUCGAGCAGUUCUCUCGCAAGCUCUUCCCCUCGAAGCAUCGUCGGCCUAGGCCUUCCCCUUCAGAUCCCGGGCCCUCGAUAUCGCCUGCAACUCUGAACGAAAGCUCGAAGAAUGUCACUAGCGGAACUGCCGAUGAAGCCAGUGAUCAGGAAGGAGAUCCCAGCAUAUCUAUUGCCGUCCGAUCGCUAUCCACCAUUCCUGUCCUUCCUCUUCCAUCCCGAUCCGAAAUCCUGAGCGCGGACCGCAAGAAGGACCCUCUCGGUCUCUCUCUUCUCUACAGUCCAAUAGGUGAUCGUACCGCCGAUAUCAUUUUCAUACACGGCCUCGGCGGUUCUAGCAGGUUGACAUGGUGUAAAGAUGAGAGGUUGGACCUGUUCUGGCCGCAGAUAUGGCUUCCAAAAGAUGAUGAUUUACAUCGUGCGAGGAUAUUUACUUACGGGUACAAUGCCCAUUAUCGCUCGUCUUCGCAGAUCUCGUCAUUGAGCAUAAAUGACUUUUCCAAGAACCUUUUGUAUGAUAUGCGGUUUGGUAGAGACCUUGAAGGCGGAUUGUUGGAUAUUGGAGAGGUACCCAUCAUCUUCGUAACUCACUCUAUGGGAGGCUUGGUGUUCAAAAAGGCAUACCUGGAUGCCCAACUUGACUCGGGUUACUCAUCUAUCAUGGGUUCUACGAAAGCGGUUGUUUUUCUAGCUACGCCUCAUCGAGGGUCAGAUCUGGCUCCGUAUUUGAACCGCCUUCUUUCUGUCGGCUUUGGGUCCUCUUCCAAGCAAUAUGUCGCUGAACUGCACGGGCCCUCAGACUUUCUCCGCAACGUCAACGAGCAAUUUCGCCAUGUGGCACACAAACUCGAUAUCUUCUCAUUCUACGAAACGCUCCAAACCCCAUUGGGCGUAUUCUCUGCGCUUAUCCUGGAUCCGGAAUCGGCAAAACUCGGAUAUCCCAAAGAAGUCUCGCGGUCGGUCAAUGCUGACCACCGUAACGUAUGCAAGUUUAGCGACACUAAAGACCCCAACUACCGUGUUGUUAUUGGCGCAUUGAAGUCGCUGGUAUCGUCCUACAGUUCGGCCGAUACAGACAAUGCUAUUCAAGAACUCGACCGUCUCCGCGGUGUAUUUGCUGUGCCACCUACUAUUGAACAUGAUCUGGACCUAUUCUCUGAGCGGCGGACUGACGGAACAUGCCAGUGGAUUCUCGAGCAGGACUCGGUCCGCAGCUGGCGAUCAUCAUCAUCCUCCGAAAUUCUCUUGCUCCAUGGACGGCCGGCCCGCGGAAAAUCUGUCAUAGCAGCCUUCCUGGCCAAUUAUUUGGUUGAACAUGAGGCCUACGUGCAGUUCUUCUUUUUCAGGGCGGGUGACGAGAGCAAGCGAAGCAUGGCUGCCCUUAUCAAGAGUCUUGCAUUUCAAACUGCACAGCAGGUUCCUGCCUUCCGCCGGGCAUUAGUUGAGAUAACUGAUAGUGGCUACAAAGCAAAAAACACUGAGUGGAGGUCGAUGUGGAAGAAGCUUUUUGUCGAUGUCCUCUUUGAGAUGGAACUUUCAUCCCCCGCAUAUUGGAUCAUUGACGGCAUCGACGAAGCGAUCUCUCCCCAUCAUGUCUUUGAACUACUUUCAGAUCUUCAGCUGUCCAAGGUCCUUAUCAGAGUCAUAGCCACAAGCAGAUGGACCCAAAGCCUCUCUGUUGCUUUCAAGAGAACGGGUUCCAGGGUGUCAACUGCUACUUUCUCGCUAGACCAUGACCUGUCGGAUAUACGACACUGUGUGGAAGACGCCCUCCGCUUUAACAAUUGGGGCGAGGAUAUCACUGGGAAAGUCGUGGAAAAGGUCCUCGAUGGAUCCAACAAUAACUUCCUCUGGGUCCACCUGAUCCUCGAAGAGCUCCAAGAUUGCAACACCGAGGAAGAUAUUUGGAACCGACUUCUCGAACUCCCGCCUGAAAUGGACGGCUUGUAUAAACGUAUGGAGGAGAGCAUUUCACAUAUCAGACGGCCUUCUGACAAGAACCUGGCGCGUCAGCUACUUAUCUGGGCCAUCCAUGCACGCCGGACGCUUUCGGCUGAAGAACUUUCAGACGCUCUCGAGCCGGAGUUUGGUAAACUUCUCGAUAUCUCUCAGACGGCCAGCCGUCUUUGCGGCCAUUUCAUUACCGUGGAGCGUGGCAAUAACGUAGGGCUGAUCCACCAAACGGCUCGUGAAUAUCUCGCAACGACAACAAAUUUGCCCUUCUCUUUAGAAGCCAAAACGGCCCACGGCGAACUCUUCAAACAAGCCAUGGCUGCCUUCUUGGACAGGUCGGUGAGGUCCAAACUCUACCGCUCAUCUCCAAACUUGCUCGAAUACCGCUCAACGUCGUGGCCACACCACUUAGCGGCGACAGAAAUGCGCGGGACCAGUGAUGAGCAGCUGGGUCUCUUGAGCAGUUUCUUUACCCACGACUCUGUUCUCGUAUGGAUUCAAGUCUUGGCCUCUCUUGACCAGCUACCAGUGCUGCUCGAGGCGUCCCAUUCGCUAUCUGCGUUUGUGACAAGCAAGCGCAGGGCUGACGAUGGUUUCGAGCUCACUGCGCAGAGAUGUGACGAGCUCGAAGUUCUCGAAGGUUGGUCUCGCGACCUGCCAAAAUUACUUGGCAAGUUUGGCGUUUGCCUUGCACAAAAGCCCGAGACUAUUUACGACAGUGUCGCUCCCUUUUGCCCACUCAAUUCAUCCAUAUACAAGCUCUUUGGAAAACGUCAGACCAGCACAUUAACGGUAAAGGGCACUUCUGAAGACUGGGAUGACUGUCUUGCCCGAGUACCAGCGAGUAGUCAAUGGGGUGCUAAGCCGAUCUGCUGUUCAGGGCGAUACAUCGCAGUGGGCAACUCGGAGCAACAAGCCAUCAUCUGGGACUCUAUGACUUUUCAUCAGGUCAAUAUUUUAUGGCACGGCGAAACGAUCUCAGCCCUCUGCUUCAACUCCAAAGGCGACCGACUAGCAACAUAUGGCCAUGGCCACACCAAGAUUUGGAGCCCGCAGUCGGGGAAGUUGCUAUUAUCCAUGCCCAACCCUCCAGACAUGCACGCUCUAUGUCUGCAAUUUGUUGACAAGGACAAAAACCUCAUCAUGGGGUCCGAUUAUCGUUGCGUCCUUCGCGCCGAUCUCGAUUCCAAAGAGCAGUGCGCCUGGGCAACGAUAGAUACGCGACUUCUAAAUGAUGUCGAGCGUAUUGAAGGCACGUACUUGAACUCUCCUGUUGCGCUGGCCCUGAGCCCAGACGGUUCAAAUAUUGCAGCAGCAUAUCGAAGUUUCCCUCUCGUCAUCUGGUCCAUAUCUCAGGCCAAACCUUUCAAACGAGUGACGCGGCUUCCACGACCGGGUCAAGUAUCAGAACCGCUCCCAUUCGCGUCGCGUGUUUCGUGGCAUCCUAGCGGCGAUGAGCUUCUUGGCAUCUUCAUGGAUGGAUACAGUUUCAAGUUGAACAUCGUUGAUGGGUCAUACCAAGAACACGCACCAGCUCCAGGUCAAAUGCCCUCGGAUAUCAUCUGCAGCCCAAACGGCCUGGUAUAUGCAAUCUGCGGAUUCGGGGGCACGAUUAGGCUCUAUGACUAUCAGAGCUCUACGUUGAUCUACCAGCUGAUCUCGGACGAUCUGAUUACUGCCUUCUGUUUCAGCGAUGACGGCAGGAAGUUUUACGACAUUCGUGGUAGCCACUGCAGCAUGUGGGAGCCCAAUGCGAUUAUGAGACACAGUACUGCGGAUGGCGACCCGGCUCUGAGCCAGACGGCAGACUGGAGCCUUCGACAAGCGCAAGUGGUUUCCAAGACAUUCGUCGACAACUCCGUGCCAAUUCUCAUCAUGGCUCCUGCUCCUCGGGAUCCUAUGGUAUGUUUUGGGGACGAGGACGGCGCUGUAGACCUGUUCGACUAUGAAACAUCUAAAAAGGUCUCGAUCGGGCAGACACCAACAGGUAUGAGCAUCGAGUAUCUGGCAUGGAACGAAGACGGGAGCAAGAUUUGCUACGCAGAAUUGAAUGCCCGACUCACUGUAGUGCAUACUACUCUGGAUGACGGACAACGCAAAGUGCGGCGCGUCGCCAGGUUUAAGCUGAGCUUGGAUUCAGCGAACCUCCGCCAGAUUCUCUUCUUGCCAGGAUGCGAUUCACUAUUAGUGUCGUCCACGACCUCCACCCAAGUCUGGGCUAUCGAGCCUCCUGAGCUUAAGUUGGCUAGGGAUUACGGCACAUCCUGGGCGCCCAGGAAGUGGAUUGCUCAUCCACGAUCUUCAGCACACCUGCUCUCAAUUACUCCGAAAGUGGUAUCGAUACACAAUCGGGAUGACUUGGAAGAAAUCUCUAGUUUCCAGUGGAGUUCUGAUCAGAGCUUUGAGAUGUCAAGUGCGGCUCAGUCGAUAUCCUCAAGUCCAAGACAAGUGCGCAGCUCCGAUGUCAAUCCUGCAGACAUCACAGAAGAAGUUGAUAGUGUCGAAGCAACCUUUGUCGAGGGACAUGUGCUUGUCAAGAUAUCAAGGAAAACCCGGAGCCGCAGACUGCGGCCCAGAUUCCUGGUAUUUGAUGCCAGAGACGAUGCAGCCUACUCAAUCUGCCCGGUAGCCAUUCCACCUACGGUGGCUGAGCUGGUGGAAAUGCCCCUAACAGUCCUACCAAACCGCAAGUUGAUUUUCAUCGACCGGUCGUUUUGGGUCUGCUCGUGGCACAUGGGCCCGUCUUAUGGCGAGGUAGAGGAGGAAGUCCAGAAGCACUUUUUCAUCCCUCGCGACUGGCUCCCGUUACAGGGUCUUGGUCUUUUGAAGGUUACGGCGACCGGUGCGAUCCUAAUUCCUCGCAAGGGAGGGGUUUCGGUGAUAAACAGUUCUAUUGGCUCUACAUUCUAG